GGCCCGCAUUCCAGGCGCAGCUCGGGUUCCAGGCCCGGUUUGCAGGGAGGCCGGUGAUCGCGGCGACGCGCUGGGGACAGCCGAGGGCGCCGCGGGCCGCUCGCGGAGGAGUCGGGCGUCGCUGCAGAGCCGUGGACGUGGCGACACCUCCCCUUGGCCCGGAGCGAACUGUCGAAGGCGCGGCCUCGCAGGCCGGACGAGGUGAACCAGGUCUCCUAACUGCCUUUGGGGGAUGACUCAUCUGCAUAACAAUUAGAUUUGAAGUCCUUAGCCCUUUGUGGUCCUUGGGACGUUUUCAGUGGAUGACUGACUGGUGUGCCCUGAGGGGCGCCCCGGGGACUGCUCGCCCUCGUUCAAGGACUGUAAGCCCACCUGCUCUUCGGAUGCCCUCCGUUCCUUUAAAGCCUUCCGUGUAGUAACGUCUUUCUUCCAGCGUACUCCUCUCGGUGCCAGAGGAAGCUUUGCACAUGAAAGUGUCGCUGGGUAACGGCGAAAUGGGCGUCUCUGCCCAUUUGCAGCCUUGCAAGACCGGAACUACGCGCUUUUUCACCAGCAAUACCCACAGCACGGUGGUAUUGCAAGGCUUUGAUCAGCUUAGGAUAGAAGGGUUGCUUUGCGACGUGACCUUGGUGCCGGGUGAUGGCGACGAAAUCUUCCCCGUUCACAGAGCCAUGAUGGCGUCUGCGAGUGAUUAUUUCAAAGCUAUGUUCACCGGUGGAAUGAAAGAGAAGGAUUUAAUGUGCAUUAAGCUUCAUGGCGUGAACAAGGUGGGUCUGAAGAAAAUCAUUGACUUUAUUUAUACUGCAAAACUUUCUCUUAAUAUGGACAAUCUUCAAGACACACUGGAGGCUGCCAGCUUCCUCCAGAUCUUACCUGUUCUGGACUUCUGUAAAGUGUUUCUUAUAUCGGGCGUCUCUUUGGAUAACUGUGUUGAGGUUGGACGGAUUGCAAACACCUACAAUCUCAUAGAAGUAGACAAGUACGUCAAUAAUUUCAUCCUGAAGAAUUUUCCAGCGUUGCUGAGUACUGGGGAGUUCCAAAAACUCCCUUUCGAACGCCUUGCUUUUGUGCUUUCUAGUAAUAGUCUUAAGCACUGUUCUGAACUUGAACUGUUCAAGGCUGCCUGCCGCUGGCUAAGGCUGGAAGACCCUCGCAUGGAUUAUGCUGCAAAAUUAAUGAAGAACAUUCGCUUUCCACUGAUGACACCACAGGACCUCAUCAAUUAUGUGCAGACGGUGGAUUUCAUGAGAACAGACAACACCUGUGUGAAUUUGCUUUUGGAGGCUAGCAAUUACCAGAUGAUGCCGUACAUGCAGCCAGUGAUGCAGUCAGACAGAACUGCCAUUCGAUCCGACUCCACUCACUUGGUGACAUUAGGAGGGGUUUUGAGGCAGCAGCUGGUUGUCAGUAAGGAAUUAAGAAUGUAUGAUGAGAGGGCACAGGAAUGGAAAUCCUUAGCCCCCAUGGAUGCUCCUCGUUACCAGCACGGCAUUGCUGUCAUUGGAAACUUUCUCUAUGUCGUCGGUGGCCAAAGUAAUUACGAUACAAAAGGAAAAACUGCCGUUGAUACUGUUUUUAGAUUUGAUCCACGAUAUAAUAAGUGGAUGCAGGUCGCCUCGUUGAAUGAAAAGCGCACCUUCUUCCACUUGAGUGCCCUCAAAGGACAUUUGUAUGCCGUCGGUGGGCGCAGUGCAGCUGGUGAACUGGCUACGGUAGAAUGCUACAACCCAAGAAUGAAUGAGUGGAGCUAUGUUGCAAAAAUGAGUGAACCUCACUAUGGCCAUGCAGGAACAGUGUAUGGAGGCCUGAUGUAUAUUUCUGGAGGAAUUACCCAUGACACUUUCCAAAAUGAGCUCAUGUGCUUUGACCCGGAUACAGACAAAUGGACACAAAAAGCUCCAAUGACUACAGUCAGAGGCCUGCAUUGCAUGUGCACAGUUGGAGACAAACUGUAUGUGAUCGGGGGCAAUCACUUCAGGGGAACAAGUGACUAUGAUGAUGUUCUCAGCUGUGAAUAUUAUUCACCGACCCUUGACCAGUGGACUCCAAUAGCUGCGAUGUUAAGAGGGCAGAGUGAUGUUGGAGUUGCCGUCUUUGAGAAUAAAAUCUAUGUGGUCGGUGGGUAUUCGUGGAAUAACCGUUGUAUGGUAGAGAUUGUCCAGAAAUAUGACCCGGAGAAAGAUGAGUGGCACAAAGUGUUUGACCUUCCAGAGUCACUUGGUGGCAUUCGAGCUUGUACCCUUACAGUUUUCCCCCCUGAAGAAAACCCUGGGUCGCCUUCUAGAGAAUCUCCUCUUUCAGCACCUUCAGAUCAUUCUUAGGACGGGGGCAUAAUGCCUUUGCAAUGCAUCAUGGAUGAUCGAAUAGUUUCCCGUCAGUUGUCUCUUACAAGGACUGGUAGCAUUACUAGAUGAAAAGGUAGCAGGUCAUUUGUGUUGUAUGGCUUAGAAUGUUUAUCAAAUGGUUGCAUUCUGAAAAUGUAUUCCACAUAGCCAGCUGUUCUAACCCAUGAAAAAAGAUGUGUAGACAAUGUUUAAAUUAGGUGUCCUUUUGUGGUGUUGUAUAAGUCAGAUCAGAAGUGUGAUUGUAGUAAGAAUUAUGUUCAUUAUGCUUGAAAGGUGAAAGUUUUCAUCCUUGACUACAGAACAUCAAAGGGAGACAGCCUGGUGUAAUCUCACACCAAAGGUUGCCAAGUGUUACUAGCUACCUCCCUCCCUCUUUAGUAGAGUUUUUUAACAUACUUGUCAUUGUACCAGAUUGUGGAUUCAGCUAUGUGGCAUUUCUUAGGAAGAUCUGAGAAAUUGCGCAUUCAAAAUAUUAACUUGAAAAAUUAGUAAAACCCUCAGGGUUUGAACUCUCGUGAACACACAUACACACACACAAUUUUAAAAUCCACUUGUCUAUCACUAUAUGUGAAAGGUCACAUUGAAAAACUCCCCACAAAUCAGCUGGUUUUGUUCAAAGGGCAAUUGAGUACCAGAGGAUAGCUACUUACAUAGUCACACUGAAUUUAGAUUGGUAAGAACUACAAGGCAUUAAAUUAGUGAACAAAUCUGUCAUUUUGCUAACUUGCUCCAUCACAUGACACUUUUGUGCUUUGCUGUUGAAGUAGUUUGUAUAUUACCUGUUUCAUGUAGAGUCACUUUGCUGUUGACGUAUAUUUGUAUAUUAUCUGUUUUAUGUAGUCACUUUUGUCAGGUUAUUUAGCAAAGUUUGCCUUCAAAGACUUGUUUGUAUUCAAUUUAGAUUUCCCUCUGUUCCACCCAUUUGUUCAGUAAUUCCAUGAUACGAAAAAAGGAAAGAAAUAAUGCAGAACAAAGUUCAAGAAUCUUAAGGUCAGUCUCUCAAUUUUGGACCCUGACUUAUGAGAUGAUUUUGUGAGUGGGACUGAUUGCCCUGGUGCUGCUCCAGUCUGCUAGCAUCCUGAAAGCUGUCUGUGGCCUGCCUCAAAGCUGUAUCUGAGCUGUCAGGAGAGAAUUCUGCCACAGAUCAGAAAAAUGUCCUUUCAGUUAUGUCUGAAGGACAGGGCCAACUUGAGAUUCCCGAAGAAGCCAGCCACAGAAAAGCUGGGAUUUUACCUUGUAAGCAGCACUGAAACAGCUCAAGCCUCUUCAGUGCCAAGAGGCUUCCUUGCUUACUGGCUGAGAACACAGGGGGAGGGAGACUCUUAAUGGGAUUGCACUAACGGAUGGAAGAAUAGGAAGAAGGCGUCUGAGUGAGGGAAGUCAUUUCCUGGAAUAGUGUAUAGGAUGAGAUACACAUCUCUCAAUAUACUUACAUCCUAUAUGCAUGCAUGUAUAUACAUACAUACAUACACAUAGAAGGGUGUAUAUCCCUAUCCAUGAGAGAUUGUCAGAGUGACAAUCCCAUACUAAAACUCAGGAACCAAGGAAAAAGAAAUUGGCUUCCAGGGAUCUGAACUUUAUGCUCAUUCAAGUGUUGAUUCAUUUUAAUGCUUUUUAAGAUGUCUUCAUUGGCAGAAAUUCUCAUACUGUCUUUUUUUAAAAACAGUUUUUUAUUCCUAAAAAUAGUACAUAUUAGUAGAGUGAGAAACUAGAAAGUAGAAAUUGCCUCAAACUUUGUGUAUUGAAUAAACAACAAAUAAUCCGAAUCAUUUCCUUGACUAUUAAGAGGUAGAAUAUUUGUGUAUCUUGAGUGGUUGUGUUUCUUCUUUGAUCAAAUGUUCAUGUCCUUUGCUCAUGUGAUACCUAUUUAGAUUUCUGUU